UCAGUGCUUCAGUAGUCGUGAGCAUUAAGAAUUUCGGGCUUGGUUAAACUUCAAUUCUUAUUUUAUAUAUUUUUUUAAAUUUUUACUGUGUUUUAUUUAAAUCAAUUUUGUUUUGUAAACUCGCGUCUGAAGUAUAAAAUCAAAUUUCAUCGCACUGGGUAUUUCUCGUUUAUCAUCUGUUUUAAUUGUACGUGACAUGUUCGUUCCGAAAUUUCAUUAAGAUGUCUGAUGACAUACCACCUUUGAUACCCGAAACGCCACCUCCCAUGACUAAAUUGGACUGGGAAGAUGAUGAGGAUUUCAUGGACUAUCCUCAUCUGGCCUUGGAACUGCCAUCCGAGUCUAGUUUAAGUCCAGAUGGCGGAUGGAAUCCUAUUGAUGAACUAUCACUUCCUUAUGAUGGUGAUAUCGUUCAUGAACCAGCGGCUUGUAUUGAAUCAAACUCCAAUGAUAGUUUGUCGAAAUUGCCGUCAAAUAUUUCAAAGAAUGACCCAUCUGUGGAAUCAUCAUUAUCUGAACAACAACCUAGUUUACACCAAAACAAUUUAUCCAUAUGGAAAGAUAAAAAAGACAUCUCUUGGGAAAAUAUAAAUAAAUUAACCAAUGACAGUUGUGAUAAUGUUAAUGAAAUAGACUGUAAUAUAGAGAUCAAACAUAAUGAUUCUUCUGAAAACAUAGAUAAUAAUAGGAAAAUAGUUGAUGAUAACUUGUCUGUAACUUCUGAUCAAUAUAUUUGUGACAUGGAAAAUGUAAAAAAUAAUACAAUACCACCGAAUUUACCAAAUUUAGUACUUCAAUUAAAUAACUCUGAAGUAUAUGAAAAUAAUGAGACAUUUCAGCCUGUAACCAAUGUUAAUUUUGAAAAAUCAACUGAUCAAAAAACAUUGGUUAAUGGUUAUUUAGAAUGUGUAAAUGUUAAAGAAUCGUCCAAUCAAACCAAUUGUGUUCAAAAUGUUUUAUUAGAAAAUUUAAAAAAUGAUGUAAGUGAUACUGGUACACCUAAUGAUACGUAUGUAAUAUCAGUAGAUGAUUUAUCAGUUAAUAAUAAUAAUAAUAAUAAUAAUAAUAAUAAUAUUAUAAUUAAAAAUGAUCAAGAAGAGUAUACAGAUUUUUGUGAUUUUGAAACUAAUUUGCCCGAUUCUCUUAAUGUGCCUUUACCAAACAGAACAUCACAAGAAAAUCAUGGAAUCACUGAAGAUUCUCAUACUGUCGACCAACAUAAUAUUGACAAAUUACCUUUAACACAAUUUAAUGAUGAACACUGUACAAUACUGGAAAAUAUUGAAAAAUUAGUAGAAAAUAAAAUAGAACAAAAUGUAGAAUCGGUUAGUCCUGAUUGUUCGACAUUUCAAAAUAAUGAAAUUAACGUUGAGCAUAAUUCAGGUUCUGAGUUUGACGAAUUCUCUGAUUUUCAUGUAUUUUCGAAUUCUACCACCGAAAAUAAAUUAAUUUGUGAUAAAAAUGAUGACAAUGAUGAUUUCUGUAAUUAUGAAACUUCCAUACCAAAUUUUAAUGAUUCAGUAAAGUUCAAACAUUCCAAUGUUGAAGAAGUAGAAUGUUUAACCAGUAAUAUUAAUAAUGUAGUAUUGAAAUCUGAUAACCAAAAUAGUGUAAUUAACAACGAUGAUGAUGAUGACAAUUUUUGUGAUUUUGAAUCUGGUUACACUACAUCAGGUUAUCAUUCCAGUGACCAAGUUAAAGAUUCAAAACAAAAUUGUGCAAAUUUAGAUUUAGAAUCUCAUGUUCAACUUGAUUACAAACAAUUUUGUAAAGACGCUUUUCAAGGAGAUUAUGAGUUAUGCGAGGAAACCGAUUUGCAAAACUUAGAUAAUGAGUUAAAUGAGUCUCAAGUAUGGCAGGGUUUAAAAGAUGUAGAUUCAAGUCCAGCCCUUAACUAUAAUUGGACCAAAUCAGAAUCAAAUAAUGUUUUUCUUGCUUCACUUUCGAUUGAUUCUAGGAACAUAUUAUAUGGUGCUUCUUGGAACCCAAAAGUCCCUAGAUUUGCCGCAAACAUGUCUAACAAUCCAUUGGAACCAUUAAAAGCUUCUAACAAUGACACAACCGAUACAAAAAUAUCGCAAUCUUUUUCCAAUGGCCCAAUGCAGGAUACAGUACCGGACCCUGAAUUUGACUGGAAAAGCAGUGGUUUAAUAAAUCCAUUGGACUGUAAUCAUACGUCGCUACUCGAUCUCGAACUCCUUGAUACACUUGCACCAUGCUGUACAAAUGCUCUUCAGCCUCAAACCUGGAAAACAUCUGAGGUUGUGAAAGAAGAAGAAAUACCCAUCCAAAGUAGUCCUGAAAGUACAGAUGUGUUUGAUGAGUUUUUUAGUGCAUCAUUACCAUCAUCAUCCGACAAUCAAUCAAUAGAUACCAUCGAUAGUCCAAGUUCGCUCAUAGCAACAGUGAGUCAUGAAGCACAAAGAAUUUUGGAUAAUUUGCCUGAUUUCGAGGUAUUGCAAAAACCUUAUUUAGUAAUAUUAGAAAGAGAAAACAAUUUAUUUCUCAGUUAAUUUUUUUUUUUUUUUUUUAUAAAAAAUUAUAUAAUAUAAGAAUGCUAGGUCACUGCAGCAAGAAGAAAUAUCCUAUAUUUUUUCUUGUUGAAAUUAAGUCCAUUAUGUGCAAUAAGUUUAAACUAAUCUGUCCAAAUUGUUUUCAUGUGUAAAUUAAUUUAAAUAAUCAUUUAUCAUUUAUCUUGUGUA